AUGGAAGAGGCCAAGACUGAAGAUGCCCAGGGUUUUCUACGACUUAAUGUGCGAGGAUGCGUAUACACAGCCCGGCGUGAGUCUUUAUGCCGCUUUAAGGAUUCAAUGCUAGCUUCUAUGUUUAGUGGACGCUUUCCUCUAAAAGUGGAUGAAUCAGGAGCAUGUCUAAUUGAUCGAGAUGGAAGCCUGUUUAAAUAUCUUCUGGAUUAUCUUCAUGGAGAAGUUCGGAUUCCUGAAGAUGAACAAAUUCGAAUUGCACUACAGGAGGAAGCAGAUUAUUUUGGCAUCCCGUAUCCAUACAGUCUGUCUGACCAUUUGGCCAAUGAAAUGGAGACGUAUUCUUUACAGUCAAAUGUAGAGCUUAAAAAGGCUUUGUUAGAUUUCUGUGAUUCUUAUGACUUAGUUUGUACCACACCUACAGUUUGGGUCCUGCACUAUCUCAACACUUCUGGAGCAAGCUGUGAAAGUAAAAUUAUUGGUGUGUACACCACAAGAGCUGAUGGGAUCGAUGCAAUUAAUAAGGAGCUAGGAACAAAAAUUCAUAGUAAAAGCAUUUACAAAAGAGAAGCUGGAAAUAACAUCCAAUACAUCUGGAGCUAUUACUCAGUAGCUGAGCUGAAAAAAAUGAUGGAUGCUUUCGAUGCCUGGAAAGGGAGAGGUGUCAGCUACUGGAGAGUGCCUCAGGACCUGAUUGAAUGUUGGACUCUCGAAGAACGCCCUUUGAAAGGCAGUUUGCAUCAUAUGCCUCCAGUCCAUAAAAGACGAUUAAUCGACUUUACUGAAGAGGAAGACUAUUCACCAUGUAAAGCAGGCCCCAAGCCAAUUAGAUUCUCAGGUCCCUCAACAAGUACCCACAUCAAAGUCAAGAAUUCAGCUUCAUUAAAGGUAGCUGCUUGCAAUGCUUCACGUUCUGCAGUGACUUUUAAACGAUCCAACAGUGAAAGUUUGACGCUGCACAAAGUAGCUUCUGAAAUUGUAUCCGCAGCAGUGCCCAGCAAUUCCCAGGUGCCUUGUGGGCAGCAGAGUGCUGACCAUGGGACGCCACAUCAAAUGGCGUUCAAGAUCACAGCAUCCAGGAAGCCUGUAAGCAACCGUGUAGUAAAGCUGAAGCGAACUCCACUUUUUCUUGUGACACAGUCUCAGCCAUCUUCUUCUGUAUCCAGUAAACAGGACAGUGCUGCUGUUGAAAUUCCUACUACUUCUAUGGUACUGAACAAGAAAGAACCAGCUGUAUUAGCAGAGAGUAUCAAGCUUAAGAAUGAUAAAGUGGAUGGAUAA